UCCCCCGCGGCGCUCUUCGGUGCUCCCCGCCAGCAUCGCCUGUCCCGCGGCCGCGCUCAGACAACAAAAGCGGAAGAUGCUGCAGUUGGGCAAGGUCAGGACCUUGCCCUGAAGCCGGGCGGCGGCGCGCACGCCUUUUCCCGGACUGAGGAGCUGUCGCUGGUGGCGGGUGCAUGUUUUCCAGGAAGCAGUCGGGCGCCGCGCCGUUGGGAGCUAUGCCUGUCCCAGACCAGCCUUCGUCAACCUCAGAGAAGACCAGCUCCCUGAGCCCUGGCCUGACCACCUCCAAUGGGGAUGGCUCCGAAACGGAAACCACCUCCGCCAUCCUCGCCUCGGUCAAAGAACAGGAAUUACAGUUUGAGAGACUGACCCGAGAGCUGGAGGCAGAACGCCAGAUCGUCGCCAGCCAACUGGAGCGAUGCAAGCUUGGAUCAGAGACGGGCAGCAUGAGCAGCAUCAGUUCAGCAGAAGAGCAGUUUCACUGGCAAUCACAAGAUGGUCAAAAAGACAUCGAAGACGAACUUACAACAGGUCUUGAGCUGGUGGACUCCUGUAUUAGAUCACUGCAGGAAUCAGGAAUACUUGACCCACAGGAUUAUUCAACAGGUGAAAGGCCCAGCCUGCUCUCCCAGAGUGCACUUCAGCUCAAUUCCAAACCUGAAGGGUCCUUCCAGUAUCCGGCCAGCUACCAUAGCAACCAGACCCUGGCCCUGAGUGAGACAGCCCCUUCGCAGCUCCCCGCCCGAGGCACGCAAGCCCGAGGUGCGGGCCAGACCUUCAGCCAGGGCACCACGAGCCGCGCGGCGCACCUGGCGGGGCCCGAGCCCGCGCCGCCGCCGCCGCCGCCGCCGCGGGAGCCGUUCGCGCCCAGCCUGGGCAGCGCCUUCCACCUGCCCGACGCGGCGGGCUCCCCGCUGGCCGCGCCGCAGGGCGGCUCGCCCACCAAGCUGCAGCGCGGCGGCUCGGCCCCCGAGGGCGCCGCCUACGCCGCGCCGCGCGGCUCCUCGCCCAAGCAGUCGCCCAGCCGCCUGGCCAAGUCCUACAGCACCAGCUCGCCCAUCAACAUCGUCGUGUCCUCGGCCGGCCUGUCCCCGAUCCGCGUGACCUCGCCCCCCACCGUGCAGUCCACCAUCUCCUCCUCGCCCAUCCACCAGCUGAGCUCCACCAUCGGCACGUACGCCACCCUGUCGCCCACCAAGCGCCUGGUCCACGCGUCCGAGCAGUACAGCAAGCACUCGCAGGAGCUGUAUGCCACGGCCACCCUCCAGAGGCCGGGCAGCCUGGCAGCUGGGUCCCGGGCCUCGUAUAGCAGCCAGCACGGCCACCUGGGCCCGGAGCUGCGGGCUCUGCAGUCCCCAGAGCACCACAUCGACCCCAUCUAUGAGGACCGUGUCUAUCAGAAGCCCCCGAUGAGGAGUCUCAGCCAGAGCCAGGGGGACCCUCUGCCGCCAGCCCACACGGGCGCUUACCGCACGAGCACAGCCCCAUCUUCCCCCGGUGUCGACUCCAUCCCCUUGCAGCGCACCGGGAGCCAGCAUGGUCCGCAGAACGCCGCCGCCGCCACCUUCCAGAGGGCCAGCUAUGCCGCUGGCCCAGCCUCCAGUUACGCCGACCCCUACCGACAGCUGCAGUAUUGUCCCUCCGUCGAGUCUCCGUACAGCAAAUCCGGCCCCGCCCUCCCGCCUGAAGGCACCUUGGCCAGAUCCCCGUCCAUCGAUAGCAUUCAGAAAGAUCCCAGAGAAUUUGGAUGGAGAGACCCGGAACUGCCGGAAGUGAUUCAGAUGCUCCAACACCAGUUUCCUUCAGUCCAGUCUAAUGCUGCAGCCUACUUACAACACCUCUGUUUUGGAGACAAUAAAAUUAAAGCUGAGAUAAGGAGACAAGGAGGCAUCCAGCUCCUGGUGGACCUGCUGGAUCAUCGGAUGACGGAAGUCCACCGUAGUGCCUGUGGAGCCUUGAGAAACCUGGUGUAUGGGAAGGCCAACGAUGAUAACAAAAUUGCCCUGAAAAACUGCGGUGGUAUCCCAGCGCUGGUGAGGUUACUCCGCAAGACCACCGACCUGGAGAUCCGGGAGCUGGUCACAGGAGUCCUUUGGAACCUCUCAUCUUGCGACGCACUCAAAAUGCCAAUCAUCCAGGACACUCUUGCAGUGUUGACCAAUGCCGUGAUUAUCCCCCAUUCAGGCUGGGAAAAUUCACCUCUUCAGGAUGAUCGGAAAAUACAGCUGCAUUCCUCACAGGUGCUGCGAAAUGCAACUGGAUGCCUAAGGAAUGUUAGUUCAGCUGGAGAGGAGGCUCGCAGGAGGAUGCGAGAAUGUGAUGGGCUCACAGAUGCACUGCUCUACGUGAUCCAGUCUGCGCUGGGGAGCAGCGAGAUCGACAGCAAGACCGUUGAAAACUGUGUGUGCAUUUUAAGGAACCUGUCGUACCGGCUGGCAGCAGAAACUUCUCAGGGACAGCACAUGGGCACUGAUGAGCUGGACGGGCUGCUCUGUGGGGAGGCCAACGGCAAAGACGCAGAGAGUUCCGGGUGCUGGGGCAAGAAGAAAAAGAAAAAGAAAUCCCAAGAUCAGUGGGAUGGAGUAGGACCUCUUCCAGACUGUGCAGAACCACCAAAAGGGAUCCAGAUGCUGUGGCACCCAUCAAUAGUCAAACCCUACCUCACACUGCUCUCUGAGUGCUCAAACGCAGACACGCUGGAAGGGGCGGCAGGCGCCCUGCAGAACUUGGCUGCAGGGAGCUGGAAGGGCUGGGCUGAGGAUGUGGCAGGCAUGGCGUAUGCCCUACGUUCACUGCCAGAGGGGGCUCCCUGCCUGCCACAGUGGUCAGUCUAUAUCCGGGCUGCUGUCCGAAAAGAGAAAGGCCUGCCCAUCCUCGUGGAGCUGCUUCGAAUAGAUAACGACCGUGUGGUGUGUGCGGUGGCCACGGCACUCCGGAACAUGGCCUUGGACGUCAGAAACAAGGAGCUCAUUGGCAAAUAUGCCAUGCGAGACCUCGUCCACAGGCUUCCAGGUGGAAACAAUAGCAACAACGCGGCGAGUAAGGCCAUGUCGGAUGACACGGUGACAGCCGUCUGCUGCACCCUGCACGAGGUGAUCACCAAGAACAUGGAGAACGCCAAGGCCUUACGGGAUGCUGGCGGCAUUGAGAAGUUGGUUGGCAUCUCCAAAAGCAAAGGAGAUAAACACUCUCCAAAAGUGGUCAAGGCCGCAUCUCAGGUCCUAAACAGCAUGUGGCAGUACAGAGAUCUGAGGAGUCUCUACAAAAAGGAUGGAUGGUCACAGUAUCACUUCGUAGCCUCAUCGUCAACCAUCGAGAGGGACCGGCAAAGGCCCUACUCCUCCUCCCGUACGCCCUCCAUCUCCCCUGUGAGAGUGUCUCCCAACAACCGCUCAGCAAGUGCCCCAGCUUCACCUCGGGAAAUGAUCAGCCUCAAAGAAAGGAAAACAGACUAUGAAUCCACUGGCAACAAUGCCACUUACCACGGAACUAAAGGAGAACACACUUCCAGGAAAGACACCAUGACAGCUCAAAACACUGGAAUUUCAACUUUGUAUAGGAAUUCCUAUGGUGCGCCCGCUGAAGACAUCAAACAUAACCAGGUUCCAGCACAGCCCGUCCCACAGGAGCCCAGCAGGAAGGAUUACGAGACCUACCAGCCGUUUCAGAAUUCCACGAGAAACUACGACGAGUCCUUCUUCGAGGACCAGGUUCACCAUCGCCCUCCCGCCAGUGAGUACACCAUGCACCUGGGACUCAAGUCCACCGGCAACUAUGUCGACUUCUACUCAGCUGCCCGUCCCUACAGUGAACUGAACUAUGAAACGAGCCACUACCCGGCCUCCCCCGACUCCUGGGUGUGAGGAGUGGGCGGCACGAGGCGCUCCGGGAACAGUGCAUGUGCAUGCAUACCACAAGACAUUGCUUUUUUU